AUGGGUUUGGUAUUGUCAACGCUUGAAAUUUAUAUUAGUAAGUAUCAGGUUGAUAACUUUAAGAAAUGUGUAAAUAGUUUGAGCUUGGACUCUAAUAUAUUUUCCAAGAGCAGAAGAAUUAACAAUGUUAUAGUGGAUAAGAUAAUAGAUAUAAGUUCAAGAUAUGGUGUUUUGCUGGACUUUAUUUUAUCAUUUGAAAAUUGGAUUAAGAGGUUUUCAAGAGAGUACCAUGGAAAUACUUUUAAGAAUAAGGAAAUCCUUACUUUAAUAACAUCAAUAAGCUCGGAGUUUGAUAUUCUCAAAUUAAGAUUCAACAAAUUUAGUAAUGAUGUUGAUCUUUUUAUUGAUUCCAUAUUUUCAAAUAAUUCUUCAAAACGUCCUUUUGGAGAAAAGAUUGCAAAGGCGAAAUAUAAGAAGGAAAUAGAGAAUUUAUACAAAGAACUUGAAACAUUAAACUUGGAGAUUAAAAAGCUGGUAAACUACCAACAAAAGUUAAUUACUUCAAGUUCAUUGUAUAUUGUAAAAUUAGAUAGUGGAGCUAAUCAGUUAAAAACAGCUCGGAAUGAUGAAGUUAUUGACAUGUCAAAUGAGAAUAGUUUGUAUGACUUAUGGAUAUUUUAUGAACACCAUAGACUACCUAACUUGAAAGAGAAGGUAGUUUUUCUUUCAAGAUCGAUUUCUCUUUUGAUAUAUCAAAACAAAAUAUUGCUAGAAUUCCUAUUAAAGAGGUAUAGAGUUUUGACAAAGCAGUAUUCUGAGUUUUUUAACUGUUCAAAGUGCAAUUAUAACCUUUUUGAUAACUUGAAUCGAACCAGAUCUGAAAAUUUGAGAGCAAACUCUACUAAACUAAUUCCAUCUAAAAAGUCUGAGUAUAGUAUAAAUCCUGAAGUUUCUAUUCAACUGCAACAAGAGUUUUUCACAAAGUGUUUGGAUGCUGAAGAUUUGGGAUUAAUGACUCCUUUAGAUUCAUUUGGGAAAACUGAAGGGAUAAUUAAUAUAGAGCUUUUCAAUGUAAUCCAUAUGGUAAAGUUUCUAAUAGGGGAGCUUGAAAUAAAAUGUUCAGAAUUUCAAAGGAAUCACGGAAUUCUUUCAGAAUUUAAAACCUUCAUCGAUAGUGAGCUUAGAGUGAACACAACAAACAUAAACGAUUUCUUUUUCUCAGGAAAACCUCAUAUCAAAAAGAGUGUAUUCAGCCAAUUAACCUAUCAAGUGAGCCAGCUUAACACAAUUUCGGAAUUUGCCCACACAUUAGAACAAAGCAUAAAAACUUAUCACUACUUCAAUAUUCCUUGCUAUUUUGGAAUUGUUAACUACUACUUAAAGCAAUCCUUUGAUAAAUUUUUUAAUAUUUUUUAUAACUUAAAAAACAAUCCUAAAGAGAAAGGUUUUUCCACCAUUAACAUGCCUAAAUUAGACUCUUUUGAGACUAAAAAUCCUGAUCACCCUUAUGAUUUGAACAGAUUGAAUAUCACCAUUACUAAUGAAAUGAUAGCCUUUAUGUUCAACAGUUCCGAGAUUGCAAGCUCAGCAAGAAGUUCAGAAGAAUUCAAAAAGUUUCCAAAUUUUGAAACAAAAUAUAACUAUACAAUUUUUACUAAUAUAACAGAUUUUCCACCAAAUCUCAAUUUAGGCGGGAUAUCCGAAAAUUUAGAAGUAUUAAUGGAUAGGUUUUUAAAAAGUAUAUUAGUACACGAAAAAAAAGUAAAUGAUGAAGAAAACAAUAUAUUUAUGUAA